AUGUCCGAGACAUAUUGCAGCGCUGUCUUGUCCAACCGCAGAGUGCCACAGCUCAUCAUCCCCAUCAAGACCGCCUUGAACACCCGGUGCCCUGACGUGAUCGCGACAAUGCUCAAGGUUCUGCAGCAGCUCGUGCUCAGCGGCGAAAUGAUCGGCGAGGCCCUGGUGCCGUACUACCGCCAGAUCUUGCCCGUCUUCAACAUCUUCAAGAACAAGAACAGCAACAUGGGCGACCAGAUGGACUACUCCCAAAGGAAGCGCGCCAACCUGGGCGACCUCAUCGAGGAGACGCUGCAGAUCAUGGAGCUGCACGGAGGAGAGGAUGCAUUCAUCAAUAUCAAGUACAUGAUCCCCGUUUACGAGACCGUAGUGAUUGCGUAAUGGCGUUCAGCAGCUUUUGACAAUAAGGCCACGCAUUAUUUAGGCGAACCCAGCACGCCCAGUGAACCCCUCCGCGCAGGGUCUCGGCGGGACCAUUUUUCCCGCCUCUAGGGCGCGGGCUGUCCAAGGUGCCACUGGCCCACGGUGCCCCCCCCAGCUUCGCACGCCACUGGAGCCUUUGGGGUCCUCUGGGCCUCGUAAGGGGUGCUCUGGAGACCGUGGGGUGCCGCCUUGGGAAAUCGGGGGACCACCUUGGGCCAGGGUCGCCUCUGGCGGCACUGGACGCGGACCCUUCUGCGCGGUGCCCAGACUUCCGACGUCGCGUUUUAGUUCACAACGUGAAUCCCCCAGAGGUCUACACCUUAUCUGGGGAAGCGCUCAGUCUGGCCUCCUGGAGGGGAGCCGAAAACUCUUUGUAGUCACAUUCGCGCCCCGUCCUAGACGGCAGGCGCGCUCUCCGCGCUCUCUUCGCGGCGGCACCAAGACCAAGGACCCACCGCCCGCCCGCCCUCGGAGGCGUUUGCCGACCCCGCGCGCGGCGGAGAAA